AUGUCAACGACGCGACUGCCCAAAAUCGCUUCUCUUCGGAGAUAUCAGCUGCUUCAGGAACAUGCAAGCCUCAAGCAUGCAGCCCCCCCUGGAGUCUAUGUGAGCCUCAAUCCAAGUGAUCCGUCGCUCUGGGCCUGCGUGAUCUUUGUUCGGUCCGGCCCCUAUGCUUCUGCGAUCCUACGAUUCCAGAUACGGUUCCCCCCGUCGUACCCUGAUCGCCCACCACUAGUAACCUUCUCUACCGACGUAUUUCACCCGCUAAUUGUACCACUUACAACCUACACCUUCAGCACUGGUGUAUCAAAUGAGGAUCCUGUCAGCGCAACGGACGAGGAGCGGUUACCGCCGGGAGGGUUUAGUCUUAGGCAUGGGUUUCCUUGUUGGUUCGGGCGUGCAAAACGUGGUGGUGUCGGUUCAGUCGCAUCUUCGAGGCCCGUGAGUCUGAGUGGCUCAAAUAAAGGGGACACAGAGACACCAGCCCCUGAUGGUUCUGCGCAAGAGGGCGCAGAGUCAAAGCCACAAGAAGGCGACGAGGGCGAGGCUGUCACUACUGCACCAACGGAUGCCCUCACGAGGACGAGAACGUCGAUCCCGGUUUUGGAAAUCUUGGAUUACAUUCGUACUUCCUUUGAUGAUGAGACUGUUCUCGAUUGCGUGCCGCUGGAAGCAGCUGGCAACCCAAGUGCAUGGCAUGCAUGGAAGGCUCACCGCAAGGACAUUGACGGUACUGAUGAGCAGAGUAGCUCAAAACGCGACAACCCACAAGCGCGGCUUCCGGGUGACUGGCAUUGGGAUGGAAUAUGGACCAGACGCGUGCAGUAUGAAAUUGAAGCGAGUCGGUCGGAUGCUACUUUGUUCGGAAAUUCUGUCCGGGGUCCCGAUGAAAUGAUCCGAUUUAGUCGAUUAGAUGGUGAUGCCCUGGCCUCAAUCAAGCAAAUGGUUAUUCCACCCUUGGAGCAGAGUUCAGAAUAA